AGUAUAAGCAUAAACAAAUGUCAUCCUUAAGCUUAUCAAAAUUUGAGGUUAUCUUGUAAAAAACAAUAAAUGAAAAUUCCAAAUUUUUUAAAAAGUGUUUUAUAUGGAAUUCCAGUGGGUAUUACAAUUGUAGAUACCUUUGGUUAUAUAGCUAGAGUGGAUGGAAUUUCCAUGCAACCAGCAUUAAAUCCUGAUAAGAAUAAAAGAGAUUAUGUAUAUUUAAAUAGGUGGGCAGUUAAAGGAUAUGAAAUCGAACGUGGAGAUAUUAUCUCGUUAAUAUCACCUAAAGAUCCUUCUCAAAAGAUUAUUAAAAGGGUAAUAGGAUUAGAAGGUGAUGUAAUAGCAACAUUGCGAUACAAAAAGGAUAUUGUCCGAAUCCCAGAAGGACAUUGUUGGAUAGAAGGUGACCAUACAGGUCACUCUAUGGACUCAAAUAAUUUCGGUCCAGUAUCUCUAGGUCUUAUUACUGCUAAAGCAACUUGUAUAGUGUGGCCUCCUUCAAGGUGGCAGUUUAUUGAGCCCUUAAUUCCCGAAUCUAGGAAACCUUUAAAUUUGAAACGUUCCAUAAGUAAAAGGAGUAUUAUAGGAAUUGUUUAG